AUUCAGGCUCCGCGCGUCCAGCCACAAUGACAGCGUGAAGAAGGAGGGAAAGCGAGAAGGCUAUUUUUUGACCUGACUGUGAGUUUUUGACCCGAAUACGAUGAAACAACACUGCGUGGCAGCAGUCGCGAGAGAGGAAAUGCACGCGCAAAGAAGGACUGCAAGGUAAAGCAGGAAAAGUUGCUCUGCGCGCCGAGGCUUCACUAUUCAGUGAGUGCUGGGCAACCCGGUGCGCGCAGACUUUCUCGGGGAGAGAAGCACAGCGUAGAAGCGAGUUAAGAGCAUUUUUCCUGAAGCGACCAAAGUGUGUGGAUCAUGGCUACGGAGGAAUCAGGUGGCUUGGCGCAAACCGCCGCCGUUAAACUUUCGGAGAUGGGGGAAAGAACUAAACAGUUAGGAAAUGCGAUCCAGGACCCCGAGCGACAAAGAAGGAUUAUUCUAGUCAUUGUGUGCGUGGCACUUCUGCUAGACAAUAUGCUUUACAUGGUCAUCGUGCCAAUUGUGCCCGACUACUUAGCGCACUUAGAGAGCGAAUCGGAGCAGGCGCAUGUAAAAGGUAAUUCCUCAAUUAACAUCACGCAAAACGAGAACUUUGACCUGCAGAUCGGCGUGCUUUUCGCUUCAAAAGCCAUUUUGCAGCUCCUUGUCAAUCCUUUGACUGGAACUUUCAUAGACCGAGUCGGCUACGACAUCCCACUUUUAAUUGGACUCAGUAUCAUGUUCGUCUCAACGUGCAUUUUUGCCUUCGCCGAGAACUACGCGACCCUGUUCAUGGCGCGCAGUCUGCAAGGGCUCGGCUCGGCGUUCGCAGACACUUCAGGAAUUGCCAUGAUCGCGGACAAGUACGCGGAGGAGUCGGAGAGGAGUCGCGCGCUGGGCAUUGCCCUCGCCUUCAUCUCCUUCGGAAGCCUGGCGGCUCCCCCGUUUGGAGGGGUACUGUAUGAGUUCGCGGGCAAACGCUUCCCGUUCAUUGCGCUCGCAUGUGUGUGUUUGGCAGACGGUAUACUAUGCCUGACUGUGCUCAAGCCCUUUUCCAGUAGGACUAGAGAGAACAUGCCGGUCGGCACCCCAAUUUACAAACUAAUGAUCGACCCGUACAUAGCGGUCGUGGCAGGAGCUUUGACCACAUGUAACAUUCCCCUUGCUUUUCUGGAGCCCACCAUCGCAAACUGGAUGGAAGAGACCAUGAAUGCAUCCCAAUGGCAGAUCGGGAUCACCUGGCUGCCAGCCUUCUUCCCUCACAUAUUAGGCGUUUAUCUCACUGUCAAGCUGGCAGCAAAGUAUCCACACUUGCAGUGGUUUUAUGGUGCACUUGGCAUGGUCAUCAUUGGUGCCAGCUCGUGCAUUGUGCCGGCUUGCAAAAACUUUGAGCAGCUGAUAAUCCCCCUGUGUGGCGUUUGCUUCGGCAUUGCACUGGUAGACACAGCUUUAUUACCCACACUCGCUUUUCUAGUAGACGUCCGCCACGUGUCUGUGUAUGGUAGUGUAUACGCUAUUGCAGACAUCUCCUACUGUGUUGCCUACGCGCUGGGCCCGAUCGUGGCCGGUAAAAUAGUGCACGACCUCGGUUUUGUGCAGCUCAAUCUGGGCAUGGGUCUGGCGAACGUACUUUACGCACCAGCCCUGCUACUGCUGCGCAACGUGAGCUUAAUGAAACCAUCCCAUUCCGAGAGAAACAUGCUACUGGAGGAGGGAGCCACAGGUCUGUACGACACGAUUAGAAUGGAAGAACGCCAAAGAAAGAAGCACGGCUACAGUUCGUCCGGUAACUGCGUGCCGAUCGACGAGAACGGGACAUUUGCUGGACAAUCAAAGUCAUUCUCUGAAGAAGAGACGUCCGAGCCAGAAUACAUAUAGUCUGAGUUGUCUGUCCCUGAUACAAUCCUGUUUAAAAGAAAACCUCUGCUGAAUAUAAAUGUUUUUCAUUCACUCAUUUACAUGUUACUCAUUCUCCCGAGGAAAAACCUGCUGGUGAACGGCUUACAAUCAUACAAUGAUUUAUUCAAUUUACUCAAAUGAUGAGAUCAAUAUUUUUUUUCCUCCAAUACAAAAAAAAUGCAAAAUAUUUAUUUAAUUGUAUAGUAUUCCGCUGUAUUAAGUUGUAUUCAGGGAUAUAAAUAUGGUGCAAACAUAUUAAAUAUGAAGAUGCGUGUGUACGUAUUAAAUGGGCCUUCGUUCAAGUUAUUCCGCCGAUUUUGUGCUGUUACAACUAAUAUGCAAAAUGUCACCUGACACCUUCAUAGGAAAAAAAAGAUGGAACUGGUGUGAAUCCUGCCUUCUCAGUGUCUGUUUCGAGUAUUAAAUGUUUAGGGUGUGUUUCUGGAAUGCAUUGCUGUAUAUUACGAAUUAUAAUGGUGUACAUAUGUGCAUAUCAAAUGUACAUAAUUAAAGAAAACUGUGAGAUGC